AUGCGUGCUGAGUCUUCACCCAGCAAGUUCGGAUUCUGUGGCACCACAAAAGACUUUUGUGGUGAAAAGAAGGUCAAAGCUCCAUCCUGCUCAGGGAACAGUGCCGGCGAAAAAUUGAUUGGAUACUAUGAAGGCUGGUCAUCCACUCGAGCUUGUGGCGGAAUGCUCCCCGAGGAUCUCUUUGUCAACCAAUACAGCCACCUCAACUAUGCUUUCGCUUUCAUUGACCCCAACACUUUCGCUAUCGCUCCGAUGGCUGAGCUCGACAAAGAACUCUAUCCCCGGUUCACCGCGUUGAAGGAACAAAAUCCAGGACUCGAAACCUGGAUUGCCAUUGGUGGUUGGUCGAUGAAUGACCCAGAUCAACCGACUCGUGAAACGUUUUCGAAAUUAGCCGCGUCGGAAAGCGCACAAGCAAAGUUCUUCAGCUCUCUCGUGAAUUUCAUGUCGAACUACGGGUUUGACGGAGUAGACAUUGACUGGGAAUAUCCUGUCGCACCAGAACGAUCAGGCAAUAAAGCAGAUUUUGACAACUUCGUCUCGUUCCUUAAAAAUCUUCGCAACGCCUUGGGCUCUGGUGGGCGCAAAUAUGGCCUUACAAUCACACUGCCAGCAUCGUAUUGGUAUCUGCAGCAUUUUGAUCUCAAAAAGAUGGAAGAUAGUUUGGACUGGUUUAAUGUUAUGAGCUAUGAUCUGCAUGGCACCUGGGACUCCACCAAUCCUUAUGUAGGAUCAGUAAUUGGCGCCCAUACGAAUCUCACGGAAAUUGAUGCAGCCAUGGAGCUGCUUUGGCGUAACGACAUUGAUCCCAAGAAGGUGGUCUUGGGAACUGGCUUCUACGGUCGAAGUUUUACGCUCGCUGAUCCGUCCUGCAAGAGAGCUGGGUGUCCUUUCAGCGCAGGUGGGAAUCCAGGACCUUGCACAGCGUCUGCUGGCACACUCUCGUAUGCGGAGAUUGGAAGGAUCGUCAGCGCUGGUGCCACCGUAGAGGAGGACCUUGAUGCAGGGGUCACUAUUGUCACCUGGGACCAGAACCAGUGGGUGUCAUACGAUAAUGAGAACACUUUGAGAAGAAAGGUGGAAUACGCCAAUAACAAAUGUCUAGGAGGAGUUAUGGUUUGGGCUGCUUCGACGGAUGAUGGUGAGGGUACCGCCAUCGCAGCGCUCUCUGGUGUUGCUGGCAGAGUUUGGGGUGAAUGCGGUCUAGACUGUCCUACUGGCUUCACUGCUGCAACGGGGACUGGAGGAAAGGUCAGCGGGCUGGCCGGAAUCUUCAAUGGAUGUAAAGAGCGGGAGAGUAGAUAUUAUUGCUGUCCUACAGGCAGUGAACCGAAAUGCGAGUGGAAGGGUCAAGCACCGUUUUGUGGUGCGACAUCUGGUGGUAAAUGUGGAGAUGAUCAGGUAAAAGUGACUUCGGACAGCCAGGGAACUGGCAAACUGAGUGUGCCGUCUGAUCUCGAACGAGUACUCGCUUACAACGUGGUAGAGUGGUUUGGGGCCGCUCCAAUCUGCACCACAAUUGGGAUUCUAAAUAUUGCGGCGACUUAUUUCACGUCGGCGCCGUGCGAGGAUGCCCAUCCAAAACAGCUUACAACGGGAAAACAAGGAGCGGGAGGAGAAAAACCCUGCUUGUACAACGCUGGGUUUAAGUCUUAUUGCUGUAAAGAUCCGAUUCCUUUCAAGGGUUGUUCAUGGCAUCAAGGUCGAAGUUCCUGGACCGCUUGGGCAAAUUCUGUCUUUUUUCAAGGACCAGUGGGUGCCUUACUCAAUCUCGGUGCACCUUUGAUUGGCCAGAAAUGCGAGGGACAGUGUCCCAGAGGCCAAGUACCCAUCGCGACUGAUGGUCUGAAUUGCCAGGCUGGCACGUAUUCCUACUUCUGCUGCGACAAUCCCAAUGAACCGACGCUACCAGCUCCGGCGGAUGCCGUUUGUCCAUCUCCUCCACGUAUCCCAGGAAGAAGUUCUGACCCGGACCCCGAUGGACCUGCACCUCAUAUAUUCUCCGCGUCGUCCUAUUUUGAUCAGGACUGUAGUGUUACCAGCUCACAAGCACUCAAGAGAGCACGUGACCUCGAAUGGGCCAAUUCAUCCUCACUCGAAUGGUCGGAUAUUGCCAAUGACAUCUCGUUACUCGACAUCAGAGAUUUGGAUAAAAGAGCUAGGGCGUUGCCGAACGCACUAACGUUCUGUUUACCUGGACAACCUAGAACCGUUCUUGUCCCGCAAACGUAUUCAGGCUACAGAACGGUAGCGGGGCUCGCGAACAAAGGCUGGAUUCACGUGGCAAAACCACUUGUGUGCGGUGCCCUUGGUUUGGCUGUGGAUGUUGUACAGCCAGCCAACGUCAACUUUGUGACAGAACAUGUGUUCGAGAAGAAAACGCUGCGCAAUGCUCUACAGUUUAUGGCAGAGGGAAAGCUCCCUGGCGGUGGCACACUCUCACAGGGUGCUGCGAGUGUGCAAGGAAUCUUUUCUAAAAAUGGAAUCUUUUUUCAACAAUGGCCUGGGGGUUUAACUGUGGGUUUUGGAGCAACUCCAGAGGACACAUCUUUCGGAGAAUUAGGUCACCCGGCUCCAAAUCUGAAUGCGGCUAAUCUCCAAGUUGUGGAUGCCGACCUGAAUGCGAUUAAGAACUUUAUCACGCAGUACCAGAAUUUCGCAGCAGACAGCAGCUGGGACACUUACACUCCAAAGCAGCAAACGUCUUUUUUGAGUGAUGUCGUCGAUACCUUCAACUACAUGAAACUGGCACAGACCACCGGCUCGUACAGUGCUGCCUUCAGGGGUCUUGUGUCCUUUUGGAAACUAUUCGCUAGAAUCCCUGGCGCUCAGGCCAAUUACGAUUACGCAGGCGCUUUCGAAGAGAUCGUCAAAGCAGAUCUCGCCUACCAAGUCACCAAAGCUCUGGAGUUCUUCACCAAACGAGUCACGGAAGCAGAGACGUACUGGAAUUCAGCUACUGCCAAAGUAGUGUUUACUCCACAAGAGAUCAAAGACAAUCUAGCGGCCCUAGCAGAUCUCGCGAAGAACAAGGCAACAUAUAUCAGCUUAGAUACCACAGCGAUGCUGAAGUAG